AAACGGCGCGCUUGCUGCCAACUUCCCGUCAAUCAUUUCUUAUUUGGUGGCUCGGUCAAUGGUCGACAAAUCGAAAAAUAUCUUUGUCAUCGGCAGUUUUUUAGAAAAGUGUCAUAAUGAGUUCUGGAAUGCCUGAAUUAGGCUCCAAGAUAAGCCUAAUAUCGAAAGCCGAUAUUCGCUACGAAGGCCGGCUCUUCACAGUUGAUCCUCAAGAAUGUACCAUCGCUUUGGCUAGCGUGCGAUCGUUCGGAACUGAGGACAGAGAGACUCAAUUCCCUGUGGCUCCUCAGAGUCAGGUGUACGAUUACAUCUUGUUCCGUGGAUCUGAUAUUAAGGACAUCAGGGUCCUCAACAAUGUGCCCUCUCUGCCCAACGACCCGGCGAUCGUGCAGAUGUCCGUGCCCGCUGCGCUCGGGGGCAGCGGAGGUCAGAGCCAGUACUCUGGCCAAUUCAAUCAUCCAGUUGUCGGACAACCCCAAUACCCGCAGUACCAUCCAAUGACGGGUUUCGGGGGCAGUGUGCACCAACAGCUCAACAAGACCAGUGAGUUAUCUCCGCAGACGUCUGUGGAUCUCCCGCAACCUGUGACGGCUCCCAUCGGAUCAGGAGUAAUACACCACAACAACCAAGUUAAAGACCAAGGCUCGAUGCUGGACCUGAUUGGAGGUGGUGCUCAGAGUGGUUCGAGGUCUGCUACUCCUGCUGCUUCUCACAGGAAGAGCCCUACGUCUGAUCAGGGCACGCAGGCGGGCUCUACUGCGAGCGGUUCAGGGCAGCGCGAGAGCCGUCGGGGCAAAGCGCCCGGGCCGGCGGCGCCGCGCGGUCGGCCUACGUCGCGCACGCGUCAGCGACACCCCAGCGGUGGGCAGCCCCCGCAGCAACCACAGCAGCAGCACCAUCAGCAGCAGAACCACAAUAACCACCAGCCCGGAGAGCAGAUGCAGAACAUUCUGUUCUCAGCGCAAUACAACCGCGGUGGCUGGAGAGGUAGGUCGCGCGGGCGCGGCCGCGGAUUCGUGCCCCGCAACAAGAAUACCCUCAAGUUUGAGAACGACUACGACUUUGAGCAGGCCAACACCGAGUUUGAGGAGCUUAGGAGCCAGCUGGCCAAGACCAAGAUUGUUGAUGAGGUUGUCAAGCCUGAGGCUGUAGCCGAGGGUGAAGUGGACAAGAAGGAUGAUUCUGGCAACGAGACCGGCGCCGGCGAGCCUGAGGUAGAAGAUGACUCCUACAGCGGAUACGAUAAGAAGAAGAGCUUCUUCGAUAACAUCUCGUGCGAGGCUGUUGAGAGGUCAAAGGGCCGCAGCCAGCGGACUGACUGGCGGACGGAGCGCAAGCUCAACUCGGAGACGUUUGGUGUGGCUUCCGCGCGUCGCGGGGCGUGGCGUCCGCGCGCGGCGUGGCGGCAUAACCCCCACAACCCACACAACCCGCAUAACCAGCAUAACGGACCGCACCAUCCUUGGUGGAGGCCGAUGCGCGGCGGACGCGGGCGGGGCGCGCACAACACGGGACGGCCGCAGCGCCCGCAGAACGCGCCCGCACCCGCUGCCGCCACCGCUGCCGCCGCCGCCGCUCAGUAGACCUCAUGUAUAUUAUGCCAGCCAAGUAGAUGUGUGAUGCUGAGUGUAUGAAGAAUCUUAAUUUAUUAUCGCGAGGACUAACAAAUGGAUAAGUAACGGAAAAGUGUAAGCUGGUGAUGAAGUGUUUCAUUAUGUAAUCAAUAGUGUGAAGAAGCUGAAGUAACGGGUUGUUGUUAUACGGUACGGAUUCAAGACGAUGGACAUUGCUUUGGUGUGAUAGUGUUGUAUCCAAUAUAUGGAAGCAGACAAUGGACACUCCCGUCAGCUCGGAAGAAUCAAUCUUUGUCCAGCCACUCUCUUAUUGUUACACAUGAUUAGGCUAUGUGUUCAAACAUUGGGCUACGUUGACUACCUAUAAUUAGAUAUAUGUCACAUGUCGACCGUUGCGAUAUUAGGCUAAAUUCUGUGAUAGAGGUGUCAACGAUAAUUUUAAAAUCGGGAAAUAUAGAAUAAUUUAAACUUAUUAUUGCCCAAAUUGAAUAUAUUUUCCUAGCUUCACACGUACUAUGCGCUAUUGUGCCUAUCGGAGUUGUAACAAGUGUUAGUUAAUGUGUUUUAUUUUUAAAGUGUCAUCGCACUUUGUUUCUUAUUUAAAAUUAAAGAUUGAAAGAUGUUAGGCGGUCCCACCCUAGUGUAAUGCUAGAGUAGAGCAGCAAGUCUGCAUGUAUAAAUGUGUUGAUUAUAUUGGCUCAAAAAUCUCAUAAACUUGAAAGUGAGCAAAUCAAUUGUUGGUAUUUAGAUAAUAAAGGCAUGCAAGUGGGACUGCACACCAUGGCAGUUUUGGAAUGUAAUAAAUGUGUAGUAAAAGACUUGUUUAUAUUGUAUAGAAGUGCUGCUGCCUGUCUUUGGGAUCCGAGCUGCAGCAGGCUACAUUGAUUUUUUAGUGUUGUCACACAAUUUUAGUACUCUUAAAAGGGACAGUUUCGUUUCUUGGAUCAAUGUGUAAUUUUUUUAAAAGUCGAGUCGCAAGCAUCAUUGUGUAAGUUUGAAAUAAAUUUUUUGACUAAAUACAAUAUAUUUGUAAAUCUGUAACUCGACAGCUGUACCUGGUGAUUGUAAUGAUGAAAAUAUACAUUUACUUACUACAAAUCUUCCAGAUUGAUAUUUCAUUAAAACUUGUUUUAUUU